AUUCAUUUGAAAAAGUACAGGACACUCUUAUACUACGUCAAGCUUGACUACACGUACAAAAUAAUACUAUAAAUGCCGCCAAAGUCUGCAGGUAUCAAGAAAACAGGCCCUCUCAUUCCACAUACAACUAACCAUGACACGAGUGAAAACAGUGCGGACGAUAUACCAGAUACUCCAAUAACAAUAUGGCCAGAGUGGUCCGACGUGGAAGUAUCAGCAGAGAAAUGGAGCACUAAACAUGCUUUUGAAGAUCCAGAUGGUCUUGUAUGGCUUCCUCGCUCACUACGCAAACUUGUUGAUUCCGUCAAACGGCCCAAUGAAAUGGUUGGCGAAGGUCAAACACCGGUCGUGGUUCAGCCCAUGAUUUCCCUUGAUGAGAUGUUCAACUCACCAUGCUCUCUCUUGACGUCGCCAUUUUCUACCUCGGCACCGUUUAUGAAUACAACCAACACGUCUCGAGUUGGAGGGUGUGAUUUGUUGAAUCCAAUUUCAGUACUACCGUUGGGAUCUGCACAUGAAUCUACAGCACAGACAGUGCUGUAUUCACAGAAACAGCAAACUCAGGGAUCAAAUUGGCCAGAGCCAGAUGACAGCCAUGCCGUAUUGAGUACUGAUUUAACGAGCUUGGAUGAGCCUGCUGAUGCCGCUCAAAUGCAUUCCAUCUCAGUUGGCGAUUCCUUGCCCAGUCAGGAAAUUCCCGGGUACGCCAUAACGCAUGCUGGCAUUUCGCCCGAAGAUAUAUCAAAACAAACCGAUCCAUUACAAACAACUCCAAACAAUAGAAAGGAUGCAAAUGGGAUGGAUGGCACAAGUCUGCUAGAAUCAGUAGCACCAGUUCAAGAAAAUUCAGAUUCGCUUGUCGGCACAUCCAAAUUCUUUCAAACCAACAAACAUCUUGUUGGAUCUGAAUUGAUGCGAUCAGUUUUAGCCAGCAUGCAUUUUCUUUACGAACAGCACAAGCUGUAUAAACCUAUUGCAUUAGCAGCAUCGACAAUGAGUUCAAACAUGCCAACAAGUAUUGCAGGAAAUACUUCUGUGACAGUUUCUGGAUUGACCGGAGUUGAAGAUUUUACUCCAUGGGAUGCCAUUUAUCCUAAAUCAAAAGAUGGCAUUCCCAUGUACAACCCAUCUGGAAAGUAUAUUGUCAAGUUAUUCUGGCUUGGAGCGUGGAGGAAAAUCACGGUGGAUGAUCGUAUCCCAAUCGAUGCAAGUGGAAAGCCGUUGAUGAUAUCUAGUCCUGCUACCACAGAGAUUUGGCCAUUAUUGAUAUGCAAGGCAUUAGUUAAAGCUGCAAAUACAAGUUUUAAGGAGUGCGAAGGAAUGAACGAAGCUGGAGAUUUUGAUGUCUUGCACUGUUUAAGGGGAUGGAUUCCAGAAAAAUUACCCAUUCGACCAAAAACUCUGACAAAUCUUUCCUCUGUAUUAUUUUCGAUUGCAAAUAAUCGACUACCUCAACUACGGUUUGACUCUAAUACUUCAAAUGCAUCUCCACUCUGUUUAGUCACUCCAUGUCAAAAUUCAUUACUCGAAAAUCGUGAACUCAGCGGUUUAAAUACUGGCUUCAAAAGUGGCAAUUCGACUGAUCGUCAAACUCCUACAUCAGCAUCUCCAGUACGACAAAAUUUAUCCCAGCCAUCCAUCUCAUUCUUAUUUGCCACCAAAGCAAGUGAUGAUGGCGAUCCAUGUGAUGUAAAAACUCUUUCUUAUCCACAUCGGAUUUGUGAAAUCCGCGAAAACAGCGACCUUUUCAUCAAUAAUAGAUUGAAGCGACUAACAAGUCCAAAGGAUAAAGUCGAAGAGACUGAUUAUACAGACUUUUGGCUAUCGCAGCAGGAAUUUGCGCAAAAUUUUACCAAUGUAGCCAUUUAUCAUCCAUCUGGAUCGUUCAAAAUAUCCAAAUCAAUCAGUCAAAUUACUGAUGUUACAAAAUCUGCCGAUACAUAUAGGAUUUCUUCUGUUUUAUCAUCAUCAGAAGAAACAAAAGAAGUCACGACUUUAAUAUCAUUUUCCAGUUUGGGUCGCAUUCGACGAAACACAACAAUCUGUAUUCCAUCGGUAUCUGUUGAAGAAUAUUCAUGGAACAGCACUGUUUUUAAACCAACCAUCCUUCGUAUCAGUACAAACAGCUGUGCAUCGAGUCUUCUUCGUAUUCUUCCAAACAGAGCGUAUAAAUUCACUAUUGAUUGUCCAACACCCUAUGCUCUCAACAUUUACUCCCGUGACGAUUUCAACCUAGAUGAUGAGGGAAAGUAUUUGGUUGAAAAACAAGGACUGAAGAUACGCGAGGUGGAAGAUACACUUCCCGCACAGCAGCCUGCAUCGUGGUCGAUUUUGUUCAAGCUUGUAGUCAUGGUCAACGAGCCAACGCUUAUGGGCAUGCAUUUGUAUGUACCAGAGUUUAUGCAAGCUGCAACAUGUGUUCAUGUAGUUAACAACGAUACUGGAAAAGAAGUACCACAAUUAUUAUACACGGACUUUCCACAAGUAUAUCAACCAACAAAGAACGGCUAUACGAUUGUAGCAGAUACACGAACAUCCACCACACCUCGUCCGCCAACAAAAUGGAAAGCGCGCCUGAUCUCAGAUUCGAUACCACAGACUUUAUCUGAAAAGGAACUGAUAUUCACCAAACCUCUUGUUCAAGACAUUGAAGAGUCUUACUCUCAUAACAAACGAUACACGCUGUUUCGAUAUGUAUUGAAAGUCAAGGAUGCACAAAUUAACAAUGCUGCUUUUCAAGUUACAUUUUCGCUUUCAGGAAUCUGGAUCAAACUGCAAUUGUUUGAUAACGAUGUAGAAAUUUUCUCUACAAAAGGAAAGGGGUCUGCUAUUUGUUAUUCUGCUCUACUUUAUCAUAGUGAGGACGUGGUUGUAAAGUCAAGUGAUAAGACCAAGGAUGAUAAAAGAAGUGUGGCGGCAGCAGCAGCAGCUGCUCAGCAGUCGUCAGUACCAAAACACAAGUACAUUUUACAGGCAAGCAUUGUUGCCACAGAUGCGGAAAUGCUGAUUCUUACAGCGGCAUUAUCAGGAGCAGAAAACAUUCGCCCAAACUCGCGUGGAACAAAGUCCACCAGUUCAGCAAAGAAAAAAAAAGCUACAAUGAGCGCGGGCGGAGCUCCAAUUCAACCCAUAGCGAUUUCAAAUCUAGGAGCAGGUGCUGGAACAGCUGCAGGCGGUGGUACCACAACUUCUACAAAUGUAUCUAAUGCAACUACAGGAGCUGGCACGGCGAUUACAGUUGGAGCAGCAACCAUGGCGGGAAUACCGACAUCCGCAACAACCGGAUCUGGUCAAACUGUCGCCAAUGAAACCGAUCUCAUAUGGCAUCUACGUAUCAUUUCAACUGAUACAGCAACCGUUGUUGCUAUUAAAGAUACAGAACGUGAAGACAGGCAAAAAGCACUUAAAGACUCGUGGGAGGCUGCUUCGCCUGGUCGCAUGGCGCGAGCACGAGAAUUACGAGACACAUACAUCCGGAUGGUUGAGAAUGGAUUGGUUCGGCCUGCUCUAAUUGAAAUUGGAAACAUGAAUUUAUGCAAGCCAUGGACCGUGCUGAAAACAAUGUCACCAAAAGUUCAAAUUAUGACUGAGCAACAAAAAGAUAGUGAAGAGCGAAUCAAAAAACAAAUUCUGGCAAAAGCCGGUAAUAGGCAAAGCGGGCCGCGUUUCAAUGCCAUGACUUCAAUGUCUACUUUACCAUCCGCUAUAGAGCCAUCAGAGCCAAAAGACUGUGGGCUAUCCGUCAUUAAUUUCAGAUCGAUUGUUGAAUUAGCGGAUGAUUCAGCUCCACCACAAGUGCUUUCACCACAAGUUUUUGAACAAAAGGCACAGGAACGACGACUACUGAUUGCUGAACAUGGGGCUACCCACGCAGCAAUUAAACUAGCUCGAGCAGAAAAAAAGGAAAAACGUGCAUGGCACAAAAAGCUACUGAUUGAUAUUGUUGAAGAAAAACUUAGAGAAGUAGAGCAUUGGAACAAGAUCGAUGCAGCACGUCGUGAUAUGUAUCGCCAGCGCAUUUUAAAAGAGGCUGAUGAAUAUCAUGCAAAGCAAAAAUCAAUGCAAGAAGCUGCUAUGAAGGCAGCCGAACUUGCUGCAGAGCAAGUGGCAAAUGAAGAAUCUUCAGAGAAAAAAAAGAAGAGUAAAAAAUAA